AGUUGUUUGGCUCAAGGCCCGUAUGCAACAGACUCCACCACAGAAUCCGGCUUCCUCUGCAGUAGCGGACGCCGCAUCAGCAGCCUCGAGAUCGGCAGGCUUACCGGGUUAAUAGUGGGGCAAAAGGAAGAGAGAAAAGCCAACGGACGAUUUAUAGCACUGUGCGUGGCCGUGUUCAUCAUAUUUCUGAUGCUGUACCACGCAUGGAUAAGACGAACUGCAUAUGCAAAUCACAUACAAAUUAUUGUACCAGUUUCUAUAAUGCUUUCAUAUACGGCGUGGGUGCUUUAUUCCGCCAAACGUCACAAACGAAAAAUGAUAUUGCUGCGAAACGCAACAUCACUGAAUUCGGUCGAAUGCGGUCGGGAUUCCUUUGAGUUGAACAGCCGAGGGGAAGCAUCCACCACAAAUCGCGGCAAAUCGUCUGUACGGUGCACCCACGUAAACGAACUAGCCUCGCUCGCGAAAACACGCAGGAAGCUACCACGCCAACAGUCGACGCUGACGCCCGAAUGCGUAAAGGAGUAUACGCACAAACGACGACUAUCACUGGAUCCCGCUGUGACCAAAGUCGAGUUGGACAAAGUUCUUCAUCCCAGCCACCAAAAGAAAGCGAAAAGCUCAAAAGCUGCGAAAAGCUGCAAAAAUCAAGGGCUGAAAUGAUCGAACUUUUUCAACAUUCAAUGGAAUUGUGAUAAGGCGCCAACAAAAAAAAUGGAAACAAUCGAAUUAAUCGAGUAUUUAAUUUUAUAGAAGAGUUUCUGCUGCACAUUUUAAUCACUCUUUUGUCGGCGAGAAUAAAACACAUUUCAACUACUGA